UGCUCACCUGAUGCUGUCUCAGGGGGAGUGGUCAAGCUUUGAAGCCUCUUAUAUAUCUUCGGCUUGUUUGUCCACUGUUGACCUUGACUGUUGGUGGCUCGCCCUGGCCGUGGUUGCUGGUGGAGACCUUGCCCGUGUGGCUGGCCUUGGACCCUGGUGGGGUCUGCUUGCCUUUACUUUGUUCUCACGCUUACAUGAUCGGCUUGCAGCUUUGCCGUGGUGGGAGCUGACUGCUCUCAUGGCUACAGAGAUGCAACUGCUGUUUUCCUUGGUUACUUCAUAUCUAGCUCCCUGUCUUCGGGUGGGCCCUUUUCUGGAGCAGGUGGAGGCUUUUUAGAAAUCAUUUUUACCCAUAGUGAAGCCUGUUAUAAUUGGCUGCAUUAGAAAUAGGAAUAUGUGAACGCAACAGUGCCUUUCACACAUUCCUCCAGGAAAAGGGUCUUUGGGAGAGCCGGCUGGUCUACCACAACUUCCUCUCAUCUGCUCAGCUUGCUUCUCUAAUACUCUGAUAUCCCUUUAUCUCCCUAACCUCUAUUUCGAAGUGUUGACCCAUAGGAAAUACAUGGUUUUGCCUACCAACUCCAGAAGUGCACCCACCCUUAGCCUUUCCUGGUUUUGGCUGGCCCCUGCUGGUUUGUGUAAGUUGCCCAACAUCUGCAAGAGAGGCAGCGCCCUGCCCCGUGUCCCUCACUACUGGAGAUGUAUAUGCAGGGAAGACUCCGACUCCAGCUCAGAUGCUGUAUGGAUUCCAGGAGGCAUGUGUCAACCUACAGCUUGCUUUUCUGGAAGCACCUCUAGUUGACUGGAAAUGGUUCAGAGACCACGUCCCCUCCCCAGGGAGAACCUGGGGUGGACAGCUCUGAAGCAGUAUCCACUCACUGGGCUUCAUCUUCGUUCCACAUUGUUGUUACUAAUCAAUGGAGGGAAGAGUCACCGUUUUAAACAUUUUAACUAUACAAUUUAGCCUAUCCUAAAUCAUAAGUCCCUUUUCAGUAUGCUUACAGUUAUAUGCAUAGAGCAUCACCAUCUAAGCCAAUACCCAUUAAGUAGUCAUACCUGGUCUUCUCUGUUGAAGUUUAAAUGUGAAAUAUCCCCCAAAGGCUCACAUGUUUGAACAGCUGAUCCCCUGCUGGGUGCAGGCCUGGAAGUGGGGCUUAGCUGGAGGAAGUGGUUUACUGGAGGUGGACCUGAUGCUUUCACAGCUCGGCCUUCUGCCUGCCUGCCGUCUGCUUCCUGUCUGUGUGUCUGUACUAUGACUAGACACCUCACACUCCUGCUGUGGUGCCUCCCCAACACGAUGGACUGUGCAGCCUUGUACUGUAAGCCAAGGAACCCUCCCUUAAGUUACUUCCUGUGAGGGAUUUUUCACAACAAUAGGAAAAGUAGCUGCUAUACCCUUCCCAGCCCUUUCAAGCACUGUCCUCCUUUCCAUCUCUGGGGAUCGGCCUGUUCUGGCUAAGUGCAUAAAUGGGAUGCUGCAGGAGGUAGCCUUCUGUGUAUGACGUCACUCAUUGACCCCUUUCAAGGUUUGAGUGGCAUUGGAACCAGCCUGUUGGAAUCCCUGCAUAAUUGUUUUAGCUCUACUUGAACAUAAAAAGGGGAGGGGGUACAGUCCCAUUUGUUCAGAGUCUUGAACUCUAAAAGUAUUAGACCACUGUGUGAUGACAGAACUCUCCUAGUGCUAUGAGGUUGAGGACUCGAAGAUCAAGUCUUCAGCAAAGUUCCCAUAACUUACCCUAAAUCCCAAGGAUUGAUUAAUUAAUAUGACAAAUAUUGUUCUCUAAAGGUGCUUCCAACUUCUAAACUUUAUCCUGAGUUUUGGACAACAGUUUGACCUCCAUUGUUCAAGUCGGGGGCAUUGACUGGCAAACAGCAGCUCCUGACUAACUGGGACAGGUCCAGGCAUAAUUUGUCAUAUGGGUCAGCGACUCUUGUACCGAGCACACAGCCUUCUCAGGCUCUGAAGAAGUUGGUGUCUGUCUCUUGCUUCUUCUGCAGAAGCCACAUAAGGACCAUCCUUUACAGGAAUCUGUAGUGUGAUUGGAAAUAAAUAUCGGCAGUGACGCAGUAUAGAGAAUGCAUCUCUAAGCUGGAGGUGACCAAGAGCCGAAAUGCUUGCCCCAGAAAAAAUGCAGAACUUCGAUUCUUACUCAUUUUGUUGACAAAAUAUCUGAUUCAACAAAAUGAACUAUAUGUAAUGAGAGGCCCUCAGAUCCCAGAGGACACCGUAGGAGGAGAAGUCAGGACAGUGUUGAAGGUUCUGUCGCCAGCAAACACGGGAAUGAACAGGACAGAAGAAUAAAGCCUCUCCCCAGAACCACACGUGUUUGAUUGACUGCUGGAAGGGCCAGGAUGACCCGGCGAUGAGAACCAAGUGGAGCUCCUCACCACCACCUCUCCUCCGGCCUCCUCCCUUCCUCUUCCCAUCUCUGCGCCCAGCGAUGGAGGGACUGGAUCACAGGAUCUUCCCUGUGCAGACAUAGGCCACCGGAAAUGGCAUCACCUCCCCAGACACUGGCUUGUGAAAGUUCCAGCACCCAGCGUUGAACUUCUUUCCCUUGAAGACAGUCUGGGCCUUUCUGAUCUUCAGCCAGGAAAGGACUCUAUCUAGGGAAGAGAUCUGGAAUCAACAGAGAGACGUAUACAAAAAAUCACCAGGGGUUUCAAUGACAGUUCCCAGACCCAGCUUGUGCAAAAGAGGGAGCUAAGAGGCGCGACCGACGCAGGGCAUCAUGGUUCGCCUGUUGGCCUCAGAAGUGCAGCAGCUUCUACACAACAAGUAUGUGGUCGUCCUUGGGGACUCUGUGCAUAGGGCGGUGUACAAGGACCUGGUGCUCCUGCUGCAGAAGGACUGCCUGCUCAGUUACAAGCAGCUCAGAAUGAAGGGGGAGCUGACCUUCGAAAAGGACCAGCUGAUGAAGGGAGGCGAGCUGGACACGCUGCACAACCGCACCGACUACCGCGAGGUGCGCGAGUUCUGCUCCGACCACCAUCUGGUGCGCUUCUACUUCCUCACGCGCGUCUAUUCAGAGUACAUGGAGAGCGUCCUGGAGGAGCUGCAGUCUGGCACACAUGCCCCGGAUGUGAUCAUUAUGAACUCUUGCCUCUGGGACGUCUCCAGGUACGGGCGGAAUUCCUUGAGUAGCUAUAGGCAGAAUCUGGAGAACCUGUUUGGGCGCAUGGACCAGGUACUGCCCAAGUCAUGCCUGCUAGUGUGGAACACUGCCAUGCCCUUGGGUGACAAGAUCAAGGCGGCCUUCCUCCCUCAGAAGUGUAAGGGCCAGGCCCGGAUCUCGGUAGCCACCCUGAAAAAAAGAGUGAGGCAAGCCAACUUGUACAGCCAUGCAGAAGCAACCAAGCGCUGCUUCGAUGUGCUGGACUUAAAUUUCCACUUCCGGCAAGCCAAGAAGCACCUGCAGGGAGAUGGCGUGCACUGGAAUGAACAUGCACACCGCAGACUCACCUACAUGCUGCUGGCCCACAUGGCCGAUGCCUGGGGUGUGGAGUUGCCCCAACGACACCCAUUGGAAAUUGAUCCUGUGGACUGGGAAAGUGCAGGCCGGGUAGAGGAAUGGCAGCCCCAGGCCAAUAGAGGUCCUCAGGCCUUUGCCCCGCCUCCACCUGGGCCUUUUCCCAGGCCACGCCCCCUAUUCCCGCCCCCUGGCUUGCCCGUAAGGCCCCCACCCCUACUAGCAUGUCCGCUGCCCCCACCUCAGGUGACACCCCCGUUACCCCCAUAUCCCCAAGAUUCCUAUUUCUCCUCAGACCAUGUUUUCCAGACGGAUGAAUUCUAUAUUCAUUCAGAGGACCCCGCACCCACCCACACAGGAUAUACCUUUGAGGGUGACUUUAGUUUUCAUCCCCAGCCACCCAUGCCCAACUACCGCCCACCCUGUUACCAGCGCCCGGCCCCCGGGGCGCAUAGGGGUUUCCAAAGGCGAUUAGCUCAGGGCCCCUAUAUGCCCUGGAGAGGCCGGCCCAGGCGACCACAAAGACAUGGCCCAGGCUAUGUAGAGUCAAGGCCUCAAUAGUCUGACUUGAACCCCAUUACCUCUGGAUGGGGCUGUGUGAUAACUGACCUUCCCUGUUCAUUGUCCCAGUCUAUACACACUGACCUUGCUAACGUACGCCCAGCGAGUCUGUCUUGGACUUCUCUUUGUUCACUGCUGUUAGAAACGGGCAAGGAAGAGCAAACUGGCCCGCUCCUGUUGCCUGUGGAGGUCUCUUUCCCCUGAGUGACCCAGCAAGCAUUCUUACUACCUCCCCCCUCGCUAUUCUUGUUGCCUUUUUGUAAAAAUAAAAUUGAAGUUCAGA